UCCUCGGGGCAAGUUCUUCAAAUUUCGGUGGAUUUCGAUACUUCCGAGUGGGACCCCACAUUCGCCGGCUCAUUAGCAGACUUGUGCGAGAACACUGGAAAUUGAAGAAGAGACACCCAAAUUAAUAGACAAACAUCAACAUUUUUUAUCGUAAAAUAAUCUUACUUUGGUUGGUAUUGGACUUCAGAAAAUCUUCCUGAUCUCCGGUUAAGAACCGCGAACGAAAGCAAGAAGUUAGCUAUGUCAUCGUCAUCACAGACAGCCUUUCGAAGCCGGAGCAAGACUCUGCCAUUGCCUUCCAGAGUUAAGAUCGAGAAAAAGAUUGUACAAGAGCCCAAAACAAGGUCGCCACUUCCCUUCAGAAGAUUAGCGGAUCUUUUGAAAAGGAAGAAAAAGCGAAGUAAAGGAGCUUCUGAUUCAUUCAAUGUGCCCUUAGAAAGGCAAACCUGGUUUCAUGGAAAGAUCACAGCAGAUUUUGCAGAGCGUUACUUACGGCGAGACGGAAACUUCUUGGUGCGUGAAGACCCCGCAAAACCAGGCAGCUGUUUUAUCGUGGUGCGCCACAAACGGUCAGCGGUUCACAUACCACUUGUCAAAGUAAACUCGUCCAAAGGAACAAGAAUAAAGUAUAGGACAGAGGAAUCUGAGAACAGUUUCGAUUCCAUAUGCGAGUUAAUUCACUACUAUGUAACAGAAAAGAAACCAUUAACCCCGAACACUUCAGCAGUAAUCACUCAUGCUGUCAGCCGCGAUGCAACACUUUUGUCAUCAGACGAUUUAAAAAGUAUGAACUCCAAUCAUCAUAACAGGUAUGUAACAAACACUGUUCCUGCUAAUGCCUGUCCGCCCAAUCCCCCUGGGACUGGUCCCCUGCGUCAAAGACGAAUCGACAAACCUACUCGCAAGAACAGUGAUCCCGGAUUACAUCUUGAGGUUAACACAAAUGGUGUCAAAAUGCGACAUUUUACAAUGGAUUCUCAGGUGAAAAUAAAUGUUCCCUCCUCCCCAGAAAAAUUAUCAUGGACAAUUCAGCCGAAACAACGGGAGAAAAUUCCCGAAGCAUUCCUUGCAAAGGCCGAGAAAGAGGAAAAUUUGCCAUUUUAUGAGACACCGUUAGGAGAAAAGAAAGUCGAGGAUCUGAAGGAAACUUUACAAACGUCGGAGCCAUUUUAUGAAGAUCCUAAUGAAAAGGAAAGUUUGGAAAAUUACUAUGACAAACCUGGAGAAAAGGAAAAGUCACCAACGUCAGUUGAUGACAUGGAGAAAAUAAAACCUUCUGAUGAAAAAGAGGAGCUGGAAAAGAAUGAUGGCUACUACGACAGACCUGCGAAUGGGAUUAACGACCAAGAUUUUUAUGAUAAACCGUCUCCCAUAGAAAGCUCGGAAGAAUACUACGACAAACCACCGAGACAAUCCAGCCAAGCAAGCCUGUCGAACACUUCCAGAGAACAAAGUCAGGAAGAUGUUUAUGAUAAGCCACGACGUAGCAUUGAAUGCCUGUACGACACACCACGGGCCAGUCAGGAUAACCUAUACGACAAACCACCCCCCAAACCAAAAAGGACUGAGUCUUUCAGGAACUCAGAUCCAACUGUUUCUUCGAAAAUUCCUCCCAAACUCGUGUCACGAUGCAGUGCGCCUGCAUUGCGGACCUAUGAUUCUGACGCAUCUGCCCGCCGGGGUCCUUCCUUUGAAGCUCUUCCGGAGAAAAGGCAUUCAGGGGCUGAGUUUUUCUUGAGGAAAGCCACUUCCAAGAAUUUAUCUCCAGGUGGAGUUAGCUUAGAGUCUGAAGCUUAUUACUCUACGCCUCCAUCAAGGCAAACAGAAAGUCCUUUGUCAUCAAAAUCUGACCUCGGCUCGCCUGAGAAUCUAGACAUAUAUGACGUACCAACUGAAUCUGGCGCUAUUUCGGGACAGGAGCUGACACCAUCAAAGCCAACUGAUGGCGAGAAAGAGAACCAAACGAGUCCAAACGUGGCAGAUAACAGACCUAAGCGUUCAGGUUCUGUGGACAAACAGGGAAUCUUUUUAAAUGUGAUGAAAAAGAUUGGCGAGAACUUGCUUUCUCCGUUCCUAGAGAUUGACUGCCUCACCCUUGCGAGACACUUGACUCGGGUGGAUCUGAUACAACUAUGGGGCGAGGAGCCGCAACGUCAGUCUUGGAGCAUUGAGGAUGGCACUGGAGGAGCCAAAGGCCUGGAAAUUCUUACGCUUCCUCAAGGAAGGGAUCAAAGGGCACAAUUACUUUCAAGAUUUUCUAAUGUGAGACACUGGGUAGCGACAUUAGUCGUGGCUGCGGGUGACCUGGGCACCAGAGGCAAAGUUCUCAAAAAGCUGAUUGAGUUGGCUGACGUUCUGAGCGACAAACUUGGUAACCUGGUGUCAUUUAUGGCUGUUAUGGAAGGACUCUCCUUACCUCAGGUAACGCGACUUCACCACGCGUGGUCUUGCCUUCAUCGCCAGUGCAGUUCUACCGCGAUUCUCUACCACAGCACUCUCAAGCCUUUGGCGGGGCUCUUGAGCUCAGGGGCUCCUAGCCCUUUUCCCGGAGUGAGCCUUCCUUAUAUCAUACCCUUGGUCAGGUACCUGGAAAUGACCCCGGAAGAAAUUCUCAGUGACUGGACACAUGCUGAGGUAGACCUUGGGUUAGAAACAAUAUCGGCACAUUUGGACUCUGGGCGCAUUCUGACGCAACAGCUUGAAGAGUUCCGCGUAGAAGCAAUUAAUCAUCUACGCAAAGAUGACUUUGUAGUCGAUGCUAAACUCAUUGAUUAUUUCCAAGAGAAAGUCAAUAUUGGAAAUGUAUUAGGACUGGGUCCUGAUUCCACCAACCGGACAAAUAAAUUAAGGACUUUGCUGCAAUGGCUCUCGGAAAACGCGGAACAUCUCACUAGUGCAGAGACUUCUGGAGUGUAGAGAAGGAAACUUUGUACAUUUAUUUUACAAGUUAGUGUUCCUGUGAUCUGCUGCUGUUAGUUCAUGGUUGUUGGGAUGCCAUUUCAUAUGUUUCUGUUAGGUCGUUACGAGAACACGGUUGUCGAUCUUUCAAUCAUGAAAUGAUUCUAAAUUGUAAUUCUGUAUACUCUGGACUCUGUUUUGAUUUUUUAUUUACAAAGUUGGUGUUGAUUUUUUUUCUUUUUUAUGGCCAGAAAAGGGUUUUCGUUGACAUGGUAAUUUUCACAUGUACAGUCCUUUAUCGUACACUAUGUGUAGUCAUUUUCCACAGAUCACAGGUUUCUUUUCGAAAAGUUUUUUUUUCUACUAAAGAAAAAGGAGAAGAUAAGCGAAUGUCUUUCUAAUUGUAAAUAAAUCACCCGAAUUGGACCUUGUACUGAGUUUUAAUUCCGACAGUCAGAGAACUUUUCUAUAUAUACAUGAAUAAAAUAAUUCUGUAAUCUAGAAAGAAAAUAAGCAAUAAGAGAGAAGAAGGUGUCUCACUCUGCAGUUAUUCCAUAAUUGCACAGUUAUGCUUAGAAGAAUGACUGCGUAUCGGUCUUGGAAAAUGUUAAAGUGAAGCCUAGAGUUGAACUCAGUGCAAAUUUUGGAAACAUCAAGGGUUUAUUUUAAUUUUUUUUUUUUUGUAAAUUUUUUUAAAUUCAUUCUAGAUGAAAGAAUUUUAUUUCAGUGUUGAAGUUCUAGCUUGUCUGGACCUCGACUUGAAAAUUUUAUGAAUUCUGUUGAUGCCGAGAACAUAAGAUGUUGUACACAAUUGAGUUUUGAACCAGGUACUUGUAAAUAUCAACAGUUUUUGGUAAGAAGCUGAGAAGUAAAUUAAAGAGCUUUGUUAGUUA